CCUGGUGGCAGUUCACAGAAGCGCGUUCACUCGAUACGGCGAUCCGUCGUCUGGCGCACGACGCACGACGACGAGCUAGAAGCAAUAUGGCGAAGUGUGUCAUCGGCUCGGUGAGUCGUAGUGCCGUUUGAAACGAUGAAAGGUUCGCGGAAUGGGUUGAGAAUAAUGUAGCGCACCGGAGAUCGUGUGAAUAUCGUAACCUGUGCAAACAAAAGCGUCGUAGCAGUUCCGUGUGAUCGGGACAUACAGUGCGCGUUACCGGUGUGAAAUCAUGGCUACGGAUAAGAUAAAGGUUGCCGUGCGGGUCCGGCCGUUCAAUCGCAGAGAGCUGGAACUCGGCACACAAUGCGUCGUCGAGAUGUCCGGGCAGCAGACCAUUUUGCAGCAUCCCACCACGAUGGAGAAGAUCGAGCGGAGCAAACCGAAAACGUUCGCAUUCGAUCAUUGUUUCCAUUCCCUGGAUCCGUCCGCGGAAAAUUUCGCGAGCCAAGACGUGGUCUUCGACGCCCUGGGCCGCGACAUUUUGGACAACGCGUUCCAGGGCUACAACGCUUGCAUCUUCGCUUACGGCCAGACCGGAUCCGGGAAAUCGUACACGAUGAUGGGAAGCGGCGAAAACAAGGGUAUCAUACCGCGGCUGUGCGACAACCUGUUCGACAUGAUCGCGAAACAGCAAAGCUCGGAACUGACGUACAAGGUGGAAGUCUCGUACAUGGAGAUCUACAACGAGAAGGUGCACGACCUGUUGGACCCGAAGCCGAACAAGCAGUCGUUGAAAGUGAGGGAACACAAUGUCUUGGGCCCGUACGUGGACGGACUCAGUCAGCUCGCCGUAACGUCCUUUCAGGACAUCGACAAUUUAAUGGUGGAGGGCAACAAGUCGAGAACGGUAGCGGCGACGAACAUGAACUCGGAGAGCUCGCGGUCGCACGCGGUAUUCUCCGUCAUCCUGACACAGACGCUGACGAACAUGACGAGGGGAGUCAGUGGCGAAAAGGUCUCGAGGAUGAGCCUGGUCGACUUGGCGGGGAGUGAAAGGGCUGUGAAAACCGGAGCGGUGGGCGAUAGGCUUAAAGAAGGAAGCAAUAUAAACAAAUCCCUAACAACGUUGGGUCUAGUCAUUUCCAAGUUGGCCGAUCAGAAUUCGGGAAGUAACAAGAACAAGGACAAGUUCGUGCCGUACAGAGACUCCGUUUUGACGUGGCUGUUAAAGGACAAUUUAGGCGGAAACAGUAAGACGGUGAUGGUAGCUACUGUAUCUCCGGCCGCGGAUAACUACGAGGAGACGCUUUCCACGUUGCGAUACGCGGACAGAGCCAAGAGAAUCGUUAAUCACGCGGUGGUCAACGAAGAUCCGAACGCCAGAAUUAUACGAGAAUUGAGGCAGGAGGUGGAAGCAUUGAAGGAGAUGCUGUUGCACGCAACCGGGCAGGGAUCGAUAGUCGGCCAGCAACGCACAGACAUAACGGAGAAGCUGUCGGAAUCGGAGCGAUUAAUGAAGGAAAUGUCGCAGACGUGGGAAGAGAAGCUGGUGAAAACCGAAAGGUUGCAGCACGAGAGGCAACAGGCGUUGGAGAAAAUGGGUAUCAGUGUACAAGCCUCUGGUAUCCAAGUAGAAAAGAACAAGUAUUACCUCGUCAAUCUGAACGACGACCCGAGCUUGAACGAGCUGCUGGUAUAUUAUUUGAAAGAAAGAACUUUGGUGGGUGGUCGUUCGGCGAAAACGGACCAAGACAUACAGCUGCACGGCCUGGGCAUCCUGCCCGAGCACUGCGUCAUCACGAUAGAGGAGACGGGCUUGUACAUGACGCCGUUGAACGGUGCUAGAUGUUUCGUGAACGGCACACAGGUCGUCGAGAAAACGCCGCUGCUGCACGGCGAUCGAAUCGUCUGGGGAAAUCAUCACUUCUUCCGGGUUAAUUGUCCCCGAAGUGCAACAGCGAUCAACAGCGAGCCCCAGACGCCGGCACAGAAUAUCGAUUACAAUUUCGCGCGAGAAGAACUGAUGCUGAACGAGCUGUCGAACGACCCCAUCCAGAGGGCCAUCGCCAGACUCGAGAAGCAGCACGAGGAAGACAAGCAGGUCGCGUUAGAAAAACAGAGGCAGGAGUACGAGCGACAAUUUCAACAACUUCGUAACAUCUUGUCGCCUUCGACGCCCUAUUCUCCGUACGUACCGUACGAUCCUCUGAGAGGUAGUCAGAGCGGUAAACUGCCCGCUUGCACGCCAACCACGCAGAUGCGAGUGGAGAAAUGGGCUCAAGAAAGGGACGAGAUGUUCAAGAGGAGUUUGGGACAAUUGAAAGCGGAUAUCUUGAGGGCGAACGCGCUGGUACAGGAGGCGAACUUUCUCGCGGAGGAGAUGGGAAAGCAAACCAAGUUCAGCGUCACCCUGCAGAUUCCGCCGAAUAAUUUGAGUCCAAACAGAAAGAGUGUAUUUUUUCAGCGGGGUGCGUUCGUCAGCGAGCCUGCGAUUCUAGUGAAAAGAACGAACAUGGGCAGCCAGGUGUGGUCGAUGGAAAAAUUGGAGAACAAGCUGGUCGACAUGCGGGAUAUGUACGAGGAGCGAAAGGAUCCGAACAAUUGUCAACGAUUACCUGCCAUUAAAGACGAAGUGCCCGGAAAGACUCAGGACCCGUUCUAUGAAUCGCAAGAGAAUCACAAUCUGAUCGGCGUGGCAAAUAUUUUCUUAGAAGUUCUCUUUCACGACGUACGGCUAGAUUAUCACACGCCGAUCAUCAGCCAACAGGGAGAGGUGGCCGGGCGACUGCAGGUCGAGAUCAGUCGAAUAUCCGGUCACUUUCCCCAGGAUCGCAUCUGCGAGGCGGCGUCGGAAUCAUCGAACGAUUCGACCUCGUCGGAACCGGAGGACUAUUCCGGCUCGCCGAACAUCGCGUGCCGCGUGACCAUCAAACAGGCGACCGGCUUGCCCCUGUCGCUGAGCCAUUUUGUGUUUUGCCAGUACAUGUUCUGCGGUCACCCGGAUCCUAUAGUGAUCCCGGCCGUGGACAACUCGGAGCAGUUGAACUCGAACUGCCAGGCGGGACAACGAGACUCGCUCGUGUUCAAGUUCAAUGACACCAAGGACUUCACCGUGCCCAUCACGGAAGAGUUCAUCGAGCACUGUGCUGAAGGGGCCUUGAGCAUAGAAGUAUGGGGACACCGAAGUGCCGGAUUUUCGCGAAGCAAACCGGGCUGGGAGGUCGAGCAACAGCUCGCCAAAGCCAGGUCUCUGGCCGAUCGAUGGUCGGAGCUGACGCGAAAGAUCGAGCUGUGGAUCGAAAUACAGGAACUGAACGAACAGGGGGAAUACUCGCCGGUAGACGUGGUGGUCAAACAAAACACGUGGACAGGUGGCAUUUAUCAGUUGCGCCAGGGACAACAGCGACGGAUACAAGUUCGCGUGAAACCAGUACAAAAUUCGGGAACGCUGCCCAUCAUUUGUCAGUCGAUAUUGAACAUAGCGGUCGGUAGCGUGUCCGUAAGGAGUCAUCUUCAGAUUCCGUUGGACAGUUAUCAAGACGAGGAUUUAAAUAUACUGCGAGAGAAGUGGAGCGAAGCUUUGAUGAGAAGGAGACAGUACUUGGAUCACCAGAUACAAAAACUCAUCAACAAACAAGAUAAAACCGAGCAAGAUACGGACCGAGAGCAGAGUCUCGUGAGUCAGUGGGUCAGCCUGACGGAAGAGAGAAACGCGGUAUUGGUACCUGCGGCAGGAUCGGGAAUUCCCGGUGCACCUGCCGACUGGAACCCUCCCCCGGGCAUGGAACCGCACAUUCCCGUUCUCUUUCUCGAUCUCAACGCUGACGACCUCUCGACCCACCAGUCAGGGGAAGAAGUGUCCGUGACUGGAUUGAAUUCCAUCUUACCCAAAGAGCACGGCAACAAAUUCUACAGUCUGCCCAUCAUCCGUCGCGUAGAGAAAGACGUCUGCGCCAUCGCCGCUUGGGACUCCAGCAUACACGACAACAUACAUUUGAACAGAGUGACGGACGCGAACGAACGGAUCUUUCUGAUAUUAAAAACGACGGUGCGCCUCUCGCAUCCGGCGCCCAUGGACCUCGUGUUGCGUAAACGAUUGGCCCUGAACAUUUACAAACGGCAAAGUAUCACGGAUAAGAUUUUCAAGAGGAUCGUCCGCACCGAUUGCUUGACGCAGACCGGUGUCACUUACGAAGUCGUGUCUAACAUACCAAAGGCGAGCGAGGAACUGGAAGAUCGCGAGAGCUUGGCGCAAAUAGCUGCCAGCGGCGAAGACAACAGCUUGUGCGACGGCGAGACGUACAUCGAAAAAUACACGCGCGGCGUCUCCGCGGUGGAAAGUAUUCUUACGUUGGACCGGUUACGGCAAAGCGUCGCGGUGAAGGAGUUACUGCAAGCUCAGGGUCAACCACUUAUGCGCAAGACAGCGAGCGUCCCCAACUUCUCGCAGGUACUACUGCCUCUCCGCCGUCUCGGACGCACCAUCAUGCGAUCCGACACCUCCAUGGAUUCUUUGAACGUGACGCGUUCGGAGAGCGUGACCGAUCUCAACACCGAAUUGAACGGACUGCCUCAUCCAAGGCGUGCUUCCAUCGGCCACGCCAGGAACGACGAGAACUUGGUUCCCGCGCCGGCGAAACCGUUCGGAAUCGUACGACAACAAAAAGGCUCCAUUCUGAACUCAGCGAGACCAACCUUCCUGAAUCUGAACCUGAAUCUCAACUCAUUGACACGUCUGCAACAAUCCACCUCUGCCAAGUCGUCUCCGAACAUGGUCAGCGGUAAACUCGGUCUACGAAUGACCACCCUGCACGAGGAAACGUCGAACGCCGGAAAUCAACUGUCGACGCCUGUUCGCGGCGACGAGGACGAGGAGAAGAGCGACGUCGAUUACUCGGAAUACGAUUCGUACCAGGCACCGGCGAAACCAGUAAAACCGCUAACUUCUUCACGCACACUGGAUUCUCUCGUCGAAUUUCAAUCGACCAAGAUCAACACGCCGAGCAUGAGCAGCAGUGGUUAUGGUUCUCAAGCCGUGUCCACGACCAAUCUCACGUCCGAGGACUCGAUCUCCGUCAAAUCCAUCAGCGUGGACGAGACACCGGACCUCGAGUACCGCAGUCUGUUGGAUGGCAAGAGACCGGAACGGAUGGACAGCUCGCUGGUCGAGGAGACGCCGGAGGAAUACAUGGGCGAAGUGACCGGCGCGUUAGGGAAGUUGAACGCGACGGAGAACACUCGCGGCGAGGAGCGCAGCAGAAGGAACUUGGAGGAAACGGGCGCCUACGUGGACGCAGACAUCGAUAGCCCGGUUUCCUCGACGAAAAGCGACAGUGACGCGAACAGCGGUUCGACGUAUACCACCGGCAGUUCAAUUCGCAUGAAGAAAGAUGUGCCCAGCCAAGUCUUGAACGAUCGACGAAGGAAAAGCGACGUGGAAAUUAGUCAAGCGUCGAAUUCCGGGGAAGACAGCCCUUUGGAGGGUAGCUCCGUCGUACGCACGAAGCUACCGCCGGGCAAGGUCGUGCGACGAAGGAAAGCUACCGCCGGCACGCCGGGAAGGCCUAAGAGUUCUCAGCACAGGGCCUCGUUCCCCAUGGUCCGUCCACAGCUCUCGGAGAGCAAAGUCGCGGCACGAUACGAACAAUCGAUGCGGGCACCUGACAUGUCCUACGAGAACGGGGACAACAGCUCGUCCGAGCGAAUCGACGAUGACGCGAGCGACAAAAGUUCGGCUUUCGGUUCGCGGCAUGACUUGAGCAGGGUCGAGACUCCGCUACCGGAUUGGGUGGUGGUCGGUGAAUCGGUGUUGGUUCGCCCGUACAGCUAUUCCGGUGUGAUAGCGUACGUUGGACCGACGGAGUUCGCGUCUGGAACGUGGACAGGAAUUGAACUCGACGCUCCGACCGGUAAAAACGAUGGUGCUGUGAACGGCCAUAGGUACUUUACGUGUCGCCCGAAAUGCGGGAUAUUCGUGAAAGUGGACAAACUUAUCCAGGACAAACGAGGGAGGGCGCUUAGGAAUUAUACUGUCAGCACCCCUCAGCCAGCACCGAUGCGCAGGAGCGUCAGCAGAGGUGAGGGUUUACAUUCCUUGCACCGGAGCCGAAGCCGGGGGGAGGGUCUAUCGACGGUGUUGACAACCGGCACGCGAUCUUCACCGCGGAGCAAGUGAACGAAUCGUAACUACGACGGCAACACAACCGCUUCACCGUAACUUCGUUUUAAUAAUUAAGCCAUUAAAAAAUUAUCCUAAUUGCUACAUGCCUAUGAUAUGUGUAGCAGCAGUGUUUCAGUCCCUUAGACAUUUAGGGCAGCUAUGGAUUAUUAAUUAACUUAUAAAUAUUACUUAAACGAGAUGAUUAGGUCAUUAUCGAAUGUGUAUCACACACAAAAGGCAGGAAGCAGGAAGGAACAUGUUCUCUCGAUCUCGAACAGCCAGUAUGCCGUUCUCUGAAGCAUAGUAUGUAUAGUCUAACAACUAAUACUACUACUACUACUUCGCAUUUUCAGUAGCGUAGAGCGACCGAUAAAUGAGAGGGUGAGAGUGUGUGCGUGAGAGAGAGAGAGAGAGAGAGAGAGAGAGAGAGACAGACAGACAGACAGACAGACAACAAGUGGUAGAGAAUGAAAGAGAAAUCGUGAGAAUGAAACGCAUGAACGGAUUCGUAUCGAUACGCAGGAGAAGAAGAAGAAUAAGAAUGUGUUCGUAGUUUCUCUCGCGUAUCGAGAGUCGGCGAACGACGUUCAAAUCGCGUACGUAUAAUUUGUAAGCAUUCCACAAAAAACUUUUCAUUUUACGACUGGGAUGAUGAGCCAUUUACUUUUUACACGUAAGAGGAUGCAUCGUAUUUUAGUUCGCGGUUAAUUGUACAUUUUUUAAAAAAGGAACCUCAGAGAAAAGAGGGAUUCGAAUAAGAAACGGGAUCACGACACUUAUUUCGAGCAUAAUCCUCUCGCCUUCGAUCCAAGCGAUCCGCGAGGUGAAACGCAAUUUUAAACGGUGUCCCGUAAUAUCUAAGCAUCGAUAGCACUCGCAAUGAAAAAUAUACCGUUACAUGUUACUUAUGUACGCGUGAUAAUCGUUGAAAAAGAUAUGAUGAUCGACAGACGGUUGCACGAUUGCCAGUGAACCUGUUCAUUCUCCGUGAUUAACCAACGACGGAGAAACGGUCAUUAACGAAUGGCAUAAAGCAGAAGGAAAACGGACGGCCAAAAGAAAAAAAAAUGAUCCUUUCUUUCUCCGAGACAAACGUAUUACGUAUUGCGUUCUGUAGAUUAUUCAAAGAUUUUAUAUGUAUACAAUCGUUUCAUAUAUAUAUAUACACAUUGUAUUUUUUUAGCGCAAUCUGUUAAGUUCCUUCUCACUGUAUCAUACAAUUUUAUGACAAAUCCCCUCGUCGAGCAUUACGUUGUUGUUACCGCGAACAUAACACGCGAUUAAUUUAUACAGCGCGAAGUGUUUGAAGCAAACUGUGCGCGUAGCAUCGUGCAAAGCGCGAGGAAUUAAAAAAAAUUCACAUCGACCUCCGUGUGCCGGCUAUGAGCACGCCAGUCCGUGUGUUUUUUUUUCUUCUCCUCGGGGUGCAACGCGACACACAGGAUCGCAAUACUAGGUUCGUAAGUUUAGAUAGUAGGCAUCGAAUUUAAACAAACGAAAACACGAGCUUGCUUCGUUUUAUCUUUUCGAUCCUUCAUAAAGAUGCGUUGAUCCGAGAUUGUUUCUUCCUCCAUAUUUUUGUCUCUUUAAAUCUUUUAUAUCUUAACACACACCUCGUCGUCUAUAAUUCGUUGCACGAAUUCUGCUGUUUGAAAUAGUUGAUCGCGAAAAAAACAUUAAAUAAUACACACACUUGAUACGUUUCAACGUGAUUUGCUCACUAUUAUCGAUAAUACUACUAUCGAUGAUACCGAUUCUUUGUACGACGGACUGAGAAAAAAAGACAAAGCUUACCGCUACGUAUUCCUUUCGUAUACUAUAAUAGAAACAGAAAGGAUCGCACCGCGAGAAAAGUAUCACGUGUGUAAGACAAAAUGGCGAACUUUUCUUUUAAACUAGCUAACGAGAUAGGAUGUGUCGUGUGCAAUACAAAACUGAUGCUGAGAAGAGAAAAUGUGAAUGGAGGUAUGAAACGUGUAACAAGAGAGAAACGAACGUUGAAUGAAAGAAGCAAUUAACGACUUAAGAUGUAACAAUCAUCGUAAGCGAGUCAAAAAUUGUCAACGACAUCAGUCAAAACGAAACGAGACAAAAACUAACGAGACAACAAACGAGAAACAAUAACUUCUGUCCAAUUAGAACAAUACUAACGCUAUCGAUAAUGAACAUGUCACUGUGCGUAAUAUAUUUAUUGAUAAAAUAUGUAAUAAAACUCGUCUGCGACGCGACGUUCCCUCCUCCCACGGUCAGCGACGACAAUUAACGGACGAGGCUCUCUUCGAUUAUUUUUGCGUACACUCGCAGUUUAAUUAACAAAACGAAAGUGGGAUUAUAAAAGAAAAAAAAAAGAAGAAAAAAACGCGAGAAGGCGCCGACGCGUUCUCACGCGAAGGGAAACGUCGCGGGCGAAGGGGUAUCUCUGUCCAUUUUUUGGUAAUUCAAGACUAUUGAUGGGUGAAAGAAAAUUAAAGACUCACAAAUGUCACAGCGAGAUGCUACAUGCGCCUGCCCGGCAUACGAUCAAUAAAUAUUUUCCGUUUCCAGGCACGAUACGUUAUCCAGUCAAGUUUUUCUUUUACUUUUCGCUCGGUAUUUUAUUUGGUACUCGUGAAACAUUCCGAUCGGAUUCCAAUUCGAUCAACGAUCGUGUAAAAUAUCUUACGAUGAUGAGCCAUAGUCCAUCGUAAAGACUUUUACGUUCACGCAUACGUAUGUACAUACGUAUAUAUUCUUUUUCUUUCACUCGUCGUUUCUUUUGGUUCUUCUUUCUGUACGUUUUACUGCUUUGGAGAUCGCAGCGGAGCAUCUGGCAUUGACGGAGCUUACACAGCCUAUUCCAUCCCACAAUAAGACAAUGUCCAUUUUUAUCGUUAUUAAUUAUCUAAUAUGAUAAUCGUUCACAAACUAUACUUUGUACCCUAAACGGAUUCUAGAAAUAAUAUUUUCGACCAAUCGGUUUUACGAACGUCUCCCGGAAGACUUCCGAGUUUAACAUUAUCGUACACUCGUCCGCCCUCGUUCCCCGCGCAACACUGCUGUAGCCACGAACCAAUACGAACAUGUGUUAACACGUGCACACACGGUCUAAGUUCCAAACCGAGAGGGAAAGAAAAAAGAAGCGAGACAAGGGGUCGCACGGGUCCAUUUUCUCGAGAGCAUUAAAACAGA